AGGGGGGCGGGCCCUCGCGCGGGGUGCAGCUCGGGCGCAUGCGCGGGCAGUGCGCGCCGCCAAUCUGCGCCGGCGCGGUGGCAGCGGCUCGGUGGCUGCGGGCGGCGGCGGGUUGUGCCGCUCGCCCGGCGCCGCUGGCCCUGGAGGGCUGAGAAAUGUCCCAGAGGAAGCGCAGCAAAGGGUCUGGUUUCUCUCAGGGUGAAGAGGGGGACGAUGACUGCACUCCGAGUCAGAUGCGGGUGCUCAGCCAGGGGUCCAGGAAUCUGGAGAGACAUUCCCGGGAGCAAGUGGAUCAGAAGGUCAGCGAGCUGGUUCAAUUUCUGCUUGUGAAGGACCAGAAGAAGAUCCCCAUCAAGAGAUCAGAUAUUCUGAAGAAGGUCAUCGGUGAGUACAAGGAUGUCUACUCAGAGAUUGUCAACCGGGCUGGCAGGACCCUCCAGCAGGUGUUCGGGCUGCAGCUGGUGGAGAUCGACACCAAGCACCACAUCUACAUCCUCAUCAGCACCCUGCCCCGCGCCGAGGGGGAGAACCUGCGACAGGAUGACCAGACCGCCAAGCUGGGCCUCCUCAGCGUCAUUCUCAGCUUCAUCUUCAUGAAAGGCAACUCUGCCAAGGAUGGGGCUGUGUGGGAGUUCCUGCGCCGGCUCCGCGUGCACCCCGGGGAGCGACACGAGGUCUUCGGGGACGUCAAGAAGCUGGUGAUGGAGGAGUUCGUGCGGCAGAAGUACCUGGAGAUCAGCCCCAUUCCCCUCACGGACCCCGUGGAGUUCAAGUUCCAGUGGGGCCCGCGGGCCGCCAAGGAGACCUCCAAGAGGGAGAUGCUGCGCUUCGUGGCCAAGCUCCAUGAUGACGGGCUCCAGGCGCUGCACCAGGUCCUCGUAGGACUGGGGGGGACGCAGCACGGUGAGGGGGGGCUGCCCCGCUCCGGGAGCUCCACUGGCAGGUGAGUGCCGGCGCCGGGGCCCCCUCCCCGCCCACCUCGCCCUUGGGGUAGCGGUAGCGGUACUUGUCCUGGUCGCGCAGC